AUGGCGCACACAGCAGAAAAACUAUUGCAAAUGGCCGCCCAAAAGGGCGAGCCCAGGGUCGUCGGGAGGUAUCGUGAAGCGGACGGAGUGGUGCCUGGAUGGCACAAAUGGGCCGCCCAACAUUCCCAAAAGGAGGACGAAAUUGUGAUUUGUAGAGGGCGCAACGAAUGGAGGCAAGCUGCCUGCGACGACGACGACAACGACAAACACCUGUCGGUGGUGUCUUGGAAUAUCCUUUCCAACACGUGGUGGGAACAGGGAAAGAAAGACGGCGAGUACGAUCACACACAUCCGGAACACGGCGAUUGGUCGUUCCGAUUCCAAAGGCUGCUGCAAUGGAUGGAGCAAUUGGACCCGGAUGUUCUGGCGGUUCAAGAAUUAGACUAUGUCAAAUUUGAGACCGACAUGUUGCCGGAAUUGCAACGAAGAGGGUACGAAGGGAUGAUGCAACAACCCAAGAAAAAGGCGGCAGAUCAACCGUGUGGAAAUGCCACGUUUUGGAAGAGCACCAUAUUCCAACUGGUGCAGCAAGCUUCCUUUUCUCGCACUUUAUGUACCGUCCUGGAUAUGACGGAAGAUAAGGUGGGACAAGUAUGCAUUGUCAAUGUGCACUUGGAAUCUUCUCAGAGCGACGUUGGCUUUGACCGACGUGCCAGGCAAAUGAACUCGGCGCUGGCAUACGCCGCAUCGGAAGCACCCGGUGCCGCUCUCUUGGUCUGCGGCGAUUGCAAUACAGGAGCAGACGCCGAGCUCUUUCGGGUGUUGCGGGAACACGAGUGGCAUGGUCACAACUUUAGUUCGGUCUACGAGCACCCCAGCACGCACAAGACACUCCCCGUCUCGGUGGCCACCUUUAUCUGCCCCGGGGCGCACUAUGUGAUUGAUCACAUGCUGUAUGCGCAAGAUUGUCUUCGUCUCCGGUGUGCGUUGGAUGCCUUUUCUCCAGAAGAAAUGGACGAACACGUGCAUGCCAAAGGGGACGACUGUGGGUUUCCAUCUGCGUUUUGUCCGUCGGACCACGUCCCAAUCGGGGCCAUUUUUGAGAUUUUGCCACAACAACACAAGAAGUCAAAAGCGGUGGCCGCUUUGUCUCCCGAGCGCGAGGAAGAACUGGGUCGACAGUGGGACGCCUUGUGCUCAGAGCGUCCCCCGCACACAAAGGGAAAGCCCAGCCCGGAAGAACUGGCUGCCAGGAAAAAGUUUGCCGCACUUGUCAAGGCAUGGAAAGAAACACUGAAAGACAAUCCCUUGGAGACGGAGUUCGUAGCCAAACUGACAAAGAAAAAGGGUAAAAAGUAGUGCAAGUUUUGAACGCUUUCUUCUAUCUAGCUAGUCUGUGCUGUGCUGCUCGUAGACAACGCGGACAACCCCGUCAAGUGUGCCUUCGGUGUGCCUGUGAAAGAAGCAGCAGCCACCAGCAAGAAGAACUCCCACAAUCCACGCAAUCUUUGCUCCUUUUGCAUCUCCGAUCAGCCGCAGUCUCUGUUAAUAGAGGCAUUCCCACAUGCAUCCUGGAACCAAACACAAACAACCUCCACUGCCAGGGGCAGUCUUUGCCGGAAUGGAGUCUUCAACCUGCAACGGACCCGCACGAGUCCUCGUCGAGACAUGCUUUUCCGGCGGGUUAGGAAAAGAAGCAUCAGCAAAAAGAAGAAGCGGUA